GCUCUGUAUCCAUAGUGCGAGUAAGCUGGCUGGUGAUGGGAUGGGCGGCUGCGACCCCUAUGUGCAUACUACAGUCGGCGCGAGCACAGCAGAACAUGAGACGCAUAGUUUGAAGCAAACCAGCUCACCCGUGUGGGAGGAAGUCUUUGAGACCGAGAUUGAAUUGGGAGUACUGUUUUUUCUUAGUCUAUCACGUCGAACACGUGUAUGAAUUUUGGUUAUCAUCAUCAUGAUAUUGAUCUCUUCACAAGUCAGCCUAUCUUCACUGUCUUCACCUAGUAAAGUACAAGUAGUCCCCUACUCGUCCCCAUCCGCGGAUUGACCCCACGACGCCAGGUCAACAUGUCUGUGGUAAUGAAGGUUUAUGAUAGCAAUGUGGGCUUAGACCGCUUACUCGGCGUUGUCAGUCUGAUGAUUCCUCAAGGCGAAUGCCCAGUGAAACGGGAGACCCUAAAGCUAGCUGGCGUCCCACAGACAGGCUGGUUCCGCAGCACGCGGCCUGACAGCACUCUGACAGUCUUGUAUCAGGUCACCACGAGUUUGAAAUUAUGGAGGAUGCAUGUUGUUGUUUCUUGUUGGAGAUAAGCCUAAGCACUUUACUAAUAAGGACUUGAGUUGUGGUGCUGCUCUUAGAAGUCCUUAUUGACAAUACUAAUCCUCGGCGCUCCCGAUCUCGUCCAGAUUGGUGAUAUGGACGAAGCUGAUCUACUGCCGAAAAUCUGCAAUUUGUCCAUCGACGUGAGACGGUUCCGCACUCGUAAACCAGCUACUAAGGAAGAAAAGCUCUUCCUGAUGAUCGGACUGGUGGAUGUGCAAAAGCAUGCGGCCGAAGCAGCAAGUAGAAGCGCAGAGACAGCGGAAGGUGAUGGAGGUGCUGGUGCUGGUGGUUUAUGGAAAAAGUGGCUACAAGAUGAACAUCAAAGCCCGUGGUUUUAUAGAUGUCAAAGAGUUUCAGUUUCACCAACGUGCAGCUGAGUAGAAUUAUGCUGUCGACCGCCAAGUCUUGAAGGGCACCGCCAGCACCACUACCUCCUCUAACACCCGACGACGGCGAUGACGACAUGAGUAGUGGAGCUAAGACGGCGGCCACGCCGGCAAUAGUUUUGAAACAGGGUACGCGAGAAGCUGGAUGGGAUAACGGUGGGACUGACGGGCAUCAAAUCCUAUGGACCCAAGAGUUGAGCAGGCCAGAUAUGUUGCAGAGGGUGAGGAUUAUUCACUAUCACUGUUAAUGUAGUUGAGUUUACUUUGAUUCUCUACUUUUUUAUGAUGCCAUGGGCGGCUCUUCGGGGAGUUGACUCAGGUCUACUUCUUUGGGGACGGUAUCAGUGAAGACCAAGCUACAAGCAUGUUGCUUCUUAUGAAUAUGCUUUCUUUUUGCUGCACAGGUCCACUUCUUUUUGUCUGCACAGGUCCUCUGUUUCACCCUCCUCGAGCGACAAGCUGA